UAGUUCGAAACCAGCUCUACUUCCGAUCCACGCCGUCAAUCGAUACCCCAGCGACAAAUCUCGACCGUUCACCUGCUGCAAUCGAUUGACUUUACCCAGUUCAUAAGCCAAAGGCGCUUUCCUUUUUAAACGACAUAAAUAAACUCGACAUAUAGAGAGAGAGAGAGAGAACGCAAGCGAAUUCACGCACUCGCAAAAAUCGAAAUUGAAUCUUUUUCUUUGCACACGGGAAUGCAAGAUUUGCGCUCUCACCUCGUUGGCUGCCUCUCCAGAUGCGGAUAAACGUCACGUGUAUGCAUAGAUAGGUGUAAGAGUUACCGAGCAGUGCUGCUGUCCGCUUCGAUCUCAGCUAGAAUUGAAGCUUUGAGGGCUUACUUUGCGUUUUUGUGAUUCGCUGCGGUGGUGGAUUUAUAGGGAAUUUGUUGGUUGUGGGAGCUUCUCGGUCGAUUUCGUGGAGCGGUGUAAUAAUUUAUGAAGUCUAGGGUUUUGCAAUUUGGGGGUUUGCACGACGAUGGGAAUUAAGUGGAGCUUGUGUUUGGUUUUGCACGUGGGUCCUGAUUGAAGCGAAAAGGCAGUAGAUUUUAUUGCUUUUGCUAAGUUUCUGUUUUGUAGGAGAAGAGAUAGAUUAAUCUGGGAUUGAUAAUUGAGUGGGGGGAACUGGAAAUAUGUUCUAUUCGCAGUUCAUAUUGGCAAAAAAGGGUCCUUUGGGGACCAUUUGGAUAGCCGCGCAUUUAGAGCGAAAGCUACGAAAGAAUCAGGUUGCUGAUACUGAUAUUGGAGUGUCCGUAGACUCAAUCCUUUCUCCAGAUGUUCCUAUUGCACUUCGGCUGUCCAGCCAUCUCCUCCUUGGUGUGGUGAGAAUAUAUUCCAGAAAGGUGAAUUACCUCUUUGAUGACUGUAGCGAGGCUCUGCUGAAAAUUAAGCAGGCAUUUCGGUCUACUGCUGUGGACCUACCCCCAGAAGAGUCAAAGGCACCAUAUCAUUCCAUCACCUUGCCUGAAACAUUUGAUCUUGAUGAUUUCGAGCUGCCAGACAAUGACAUUUUCCAGAGCAACUUUGUGGAUCACCACAUUAGUUCAAGAGAGCAAAUCACCCUUCAGGAUACCAUGGAGGGUGUCACUUACUCAACAUCAACAUUUGGUCUUGAUGAGAGAUUUGGAGAUGGCGAUGCUUCUGGGUUAGACCUUGAGGAGGAAUUACUUAUGGGCAAGAUUGGUGCUGCAGGGCCAUUAAAUGAAAGUGCCGAUCCACAGGCAUCCACUGUGUCAAUGACCCCUCCUAAGCCAGAGGACGAACCCGAUUCUAGGAUGCUGAAUAAUGUAGAUGCGGUUGAUGUUGAUGACAAUGCUAAUCUUAUGGACUACGCACAGGCUCCAUGCACUCCUGGAUUGGUAGAUGAACCCAACUUAUCCAAUGUCCAAGAGGUUUCAGCAUGCGAUGAUCACCUAGAAUCAGAAUGCCAUUUAGUGGAGUCAAAAGUGACGAAAAAAGCUAAAAGUGCCGACGAGGAUAAGCAUGAGGUUGAUUGUUUUUCCAGCAAUACUAACAUUUCCAAUGCAACUCCUGCAGCGCAAACCGAGGAGAAUAGCCAUCAACCGAUUAGCAUGGACAUAGACCUUUCAAAGCAACAGGGAGAAUUUCCUGUCGAUUCUAAUGUGGAGCAUGUGUCACUUGAUGAACCCAUGUCAGGAUCUAAGCCUGCUUCUGAUUUAUUAGAUAAUGUACUAAAUCCUGCGUCAGAAUUGAUUGACAAAACUACUGAGGUGACUGAUGAUCCCUCCAUAGAAGGAUUGCAGAUUGAAUCUGCAAGUAAAGGUGAAGACUCUUCUUUUCCUGAUGGAAAACCAUGUGAUGAUCACCAAGGUGUCAUUGACAUUGGCUUGGAAAAAAGUUCAUCUGAAGCUUAUGACCAGACCAGUAUGUCCCACCAAGCUCCUGAAGUUCUCUCAGCAAAUGAUCCUGAAUCACUUGGGACUGAAGCUGCUGGUGAUCAGGAGAAACUGUGUCAGCCUGCAUCAAAUUUAGAUUCAGAAAACAAAGAUGAGCUGCAUUCACAGAAUUGCGAUACCCAGCCCCCUCAUUCGAGCUUGUUGAAUGCUGAUGUCCAUGACUCCGGAUCUCCUAGGCCAACUGAUUCUGAGAUGCAAUCUAAGGAUGUUGCGUUAGAUCUUUCUGAGGGGGUGGAGGUGCAAGAUAAGGCAUGCCUCACCACUGAUGAUCUGGAAGCAAGUUUGAAGACCAAUCAUGUGCAAGAAGAUGCUCAUGCAUCUUCUAGAGAGCUGGAAGGUGAAGCACAUCCCGAAGAUUCACAUGAUAAGUUGAUGGAGAACCAAGAUAAGCCAGCAGAAACUGAAGUGCCUGCACCAGAGAAGUUACUGUCAGUUCCAGAUGGCCAUUUGGAUCAACAGAAGAACAUACUAAUAGAAGAGAGCCCCGGAGCACUUGAUGAUGGUGAUGCUGGCAGUAAAAACCUUUCAGGAAAGAAGCGGAGCUUCACUGAAAGUACACUGACGGAACAAAGUCUGAAUUCAGUUGAAUCUUCGGGGUUAGCCCAUUUCAAAAGGAAGGUUGAAUCUGUUCCUGACGAUGAUGAUCUGUUGUCCUCCAUUUUAGUCGGAAGAUCUUCGGUCCUGAAAGUAAAACCAACACCUCGUCUUUCUGAGGCAACUUCUGUCAAACGUACGCGUUUGGCUUCCCGUACUGCUGCUCCCAAAAGAAAAGUGCUUAUGGAUGAUACGAUGGUGUUGCAUGGCGAUACAAUACGGCAGCAGCUUACAAACACUGAGGACAUUCGCCGCUUAAGAAAGAAAGCUCCUUGCACUCUCCCUGAAAUUUCAGUGAUUCAGAAACAGCAUUUGGAAGAUGAAAUUUUUCUUGGACCCAUAUUAACUGGGGUAUCGGAUCAGUUGUCAUCUUUGCACAGUCAGAUAUGGGACUUGAGGAGAAUCACAGUGUGCAAGAAUGAUCUUGAUGGUUUUCUGGGUCAAGCUAUGGUUGAAACAGGGAUGCCUACAGUAACUGAGGAGAAAGCCGGUUCCCAUGACACAACAGCUGGACCAAGCAUUACUUCUCAUGAUGUCAAAAACGAUGAUUCUCUUACAGGUGCAGCUGAACAAAAUCUAAAUUCUCAAAAUGCUGAAAACGAUCAAACCCCAGACACAAAAUCCGAGAAUGGUUCAGGAGAGCCUAAUGCUACAGAACAAAGUGAAAUGACUGUUCCUGAAGAGGUUCUGUUGGAUGGAGACAAUAGUGUGGCCAAGCAGACUGUAAAUUCUCAACCAAGUGACACUAGCAUGAAGGAACCUGGUGAGAUAUACGAAGUCAAUAAUGAACAGCCUGAAGCCACCGACCACAUGGAUGCUGGUUUUUCAGUACAGGAGCUUCUUCUGGACGAAAAUGGAGUAGAAAAAAGUCAAAAGGAGAAUGAUGAUGUAAAUUCUUCUGCUUCUGCUGGAGGAAAACCACCAGACUCCACUGGGGAUGCUUCAGUAGAUGUUCUAGAUAAUCCUUCAAAUGUGAUUCAAGAUGGUUCUAUUAAGGAGACCAGUGAGGCAAACCUACUUGCUGAAGCCGAUACUUCAGCUGCUCUACCUCCUGCAGAGACAGAUGUACCGUACAUUGGGUUGGAUUCUACUCCAAUGGAUAUUGACAAUGAACAGAUCAUUGACACGCAUUCACUUGUAGAGAAGGAUGGUGAUGUUAAUGCUGCAGUUGAUACUGAGCCUGUCACGCAGGAGGAUUUUCUGUUGGGAGUGGUAAGUGAUGGUGGAAAUGUCGAGUUAUUUCCUAAUGCAGAAAACGAGCAUAUUGGGGCCUCUUUGUAUCCGGAUAAUAUUGAUAUGGGAGAUGAUGGUUUCAUGAAUAAUGGUGAGAAUCCUGAACCUACAGAAGCUUAUCAAAGCUACAUGCUGAAUGAAGAAUCUGGUUUUGAUCUGCAUGGUCAAGAGGAUCUGAACUACUAUGCUGCUGGCAAUGACACAGAGUUUCUAAAUGUUGAUGAUGAUGACCUAACCGAGAUAGAUGAUAUUAAUCCUGAUGAUGAGGAGGCGCAAUUUGCUGAAAACACCGGUUGGUCUUCACGUACAAGGGCUGUUUCCAAGUAUCUUCAGACACUUUUCAUCAAAGAGGCGGAGCAUGGAAAGAAAGCGCUUUCUAUGGACAACCUUUUAACCGGGAAAUCUCGCAAGGAAGCAUCUAGGAUGUUUUUUGAAGCUUUGGUUCUCAAAACAAGGGACUACAUUCAUGUGGAGCAACAUGAUCCCUUUGACGACAUUGCCAUAAAACCUCGAGUCCGGUUGCUGAAAUCCGACUUUUGAAUCAAAUUGAACUUUGUGAUGACGGUGCUAUUCUUUGUGGAGGCUGGGAAUCGAGCGAACAAGGUUGGUUAUGGUGUUCUUCAAGUAAAGUGGCUUUCACUGUUUUUAGGCGACGAUAUUGGAUAGUUGUUGGUUACUCGUAAUUUCUGAACUUGGUAGAUUGAUACAGUACAAACUUUCACUGCAGUAUGACACAGAAAAUGUGUUUGUAAUUGUAUGUGUAUAUAUUAUAUAUUAUUAUGAUUAUUAAUAUUAUUAUUACUAUUAUGACAAGAUGUAUAAGUUAAGUUUCAGUUUAUAUUAGCAAUGGGAAUAGAUGGCAGUUCUUUUGGUAA